AUGAAUAAUCUUCGUGUAACCAUUGCAGUGUUUUUGGCCGCUCUUUUCCAAACUCUGUGGUGGAUGCUAAGAAGAAAACGAUCACAAUCUCAUUCACAUGCAAAACGAAAUCGGACUGUUUGAGAAACAUAGCUUGAAGCUUGUACUGAUUGCCGAUGUGAUAAAGGAUUAUGUAGAUGCCAUGGUUUUGGUGGAAAUCCAACAGCUGCGCCAUUAACUGCUUAAUCAAUUUGUCCAUUUCUUUUCAAUUUCUCUUUUAUUUUCUUGUCAUGUGCAAAAGAAUAAUUAAAAAAAAAAAAACCUUCAGUGAAUGA